AUGAGUCGUGAACCAAGUAUUGCACAACCCACAAGGCAUCAUGGCGACCACGAUCGGCGGGGUUGUAGUUACAAGACGUUCAUGAACUGCAAGCCACCCAUUUUUAACGGAGAAAUUGAUCCCGUUUUGUCAUCAACAUGGAUCAUGGAGAUUGAGGGAACAUUCGAUACUAGCAAGUGUGCGGAUGAGGACAAGGUGAUUUAUGCUGCGACAAUGCUAAAAAGGGAGGCAAUACAUUGGUGGGGCAUGGUGAAGGAGGUUAGGGGGCGUGAGGAGGCCAAGAAUAUGUCAUGGGAUGAGUUCCUAAGAAUUUUUAAAGAAAAGUUUUGCCCUCGUACAGCGGUUAAACAGUUGGAGGAAGAAUUUUUAAGGUUGGAGCAGGGGAAUAUGACUGUGAGGGAGUACACCACAAAGUUCACGGAGAAGACUAGGUUUGCCGAAUUUUACGUAUCUACGGAAGAAAGAAGGGUGGAACGCUAUAUUUGGGGAUUGAGAACAGCUAUCCGUGAAUUUGUGCAAAUUCAGAAACCGGGUACUUUCCAGUCUGCUGUUGAUGCUGCAGAAGGUCGCAAACGUGAGAAGAAUCGUCAAGGUGAAGACAGGGCUUUGGGGAAAAGAAAAUGGGAGGGUACAAAUAAUGAUUCGAAGAAAGGAAAGACUUCAGGGCAAGAACGUAAGGUUGAUCAAAGCUCUGGAGUAAAGCAAUGUCCGAAAUGUAACCGUUAUCAUAAGGGGGAGAGUAAUAUGAAUCAGAAAGUUUGCUACAAGUGUGGUAAGCCAGGGCACAUAGCCACAGAAUGUAAGACAGGAAGGGUAUGUUACGGGUGUGGUUCCCCUAACCACAUUAAGUCGGAAUGUCCCCAGGGUAAAGGUAACAACAAUCAAGGCAGGAUAACAGACAAUCGGUCGACGGAUAAAAAGGCUGACACUGGUAGACCAAAAGCUAGAGCUUUUCGCAUGACGGCUCAGGAGGCUCAGGAGACCCCAUAUGUGGUGACAGGUACUUUCCUAGUAAACUCAAUUCAUGCUAGGGUGUUAUUUGAUUCUGGUGCAAAUAGAUCUUUUGUGUCUUCUACUUUUUGCAAAAACCUGGGUAGAAAUGCAAAGACUAUAGAACAUGCCUUAGAAAUUGAAACUGCUGACGAUCAUUGGGUAGUAGUAAGAGAGGAAUAUGAUGAUUGA